AUGGGGAAGAAGCAGCCGAGGGCAGCAGCAAGUGCUGCUCCAAACUGUGAGCUAAAAUCCUAUUCUAAGAGCACAGAUCCUCAGGUAUCUACCAUGGUGUUGGAUCCUGAAGAAAAGAUUCCAGACGAUGGUGCUUCUGGGGACCAUGGAGACUCGGCCAGCCUCGGUGCCAUCAACCCUGCUUACAGCAACUCUUCCCUCCCACAUUCCACCGGGGAUUCUGAGGAGCCCUUCACCACCUACUUUGAUGAGAAAAUCCCCAUUCCUGAGGAGGAGUACUCUUGUUUUAGUUUCCGUAAACUCUGGGCCUUCACAGGACCUGGUUUUCUUAUGAGCAUUGCCUACCUGGAUCCAGGAAACAUUGAAUCUGAUUUACAGUCUGGAGCAGUGGCUGGAUUUAAGUUGCUCUGGGUGCUCCUGCUGGCCACUAUUGUGGGGCUGCUGCUCCAGCGUCUCGCAGCUCGACUGGGAGUGGUCACCGGCUUGCACCUUGCUGAAGUGUGUCACCGUCAGUAUCCCAAGGUCCCACGGAUCAUCCUGUGGCUAAUGGUGGAGUUGGCAAUCAUUGGUUCUGAUAUGCAGGAAGUCAUUGGCUCAGCCAUCGCCAUCAAUCUCCUGUCUGCCGGAAGGGUUCCCCUGUAUGGUGGAGUCCUCAUCACCAUCGCAGAUACUUUUGUAUUUCUCUUUUUGGACAAAUAUGGCUUGCGGAAGCUGGAAGCAUUUUUUGGCUUUCUCAUCACUAUCAUGGCCCUCACAUUUGGAUAUGAGUAUGUUACAGUGAAACCCAGCCAAAGCCAAGUACUCAGGGGCAUGUUCGUGCCAUCCUGUUCAGGCUGCCACACCCCUCAGGUGGAGCAGGCGGUGGGCAUCGUGGGAGCUGUGAUCAUGCCACACAACAUGUACCUGCACUCUGCCUUAGUCAAGUCUAGACAAGUGAACCGGGCCAAUAAGCAGGAAGUUCGAGAAGCCAAUAAGUACUUCUUCAUCGAGUCCUGCAUUGCACUCUUUGUUUCCUUCAUCAUCAAUGUCUUUGUCGUCUCCGUCUUUGCUGAAGCAUUUUUUGAGAAAACCAAUGAGCAGGUGGUUGAGGUCUGCAGAAAUAGCAGCAGCCCCCAUGCUGACCUCUUUCCUAACGACAACUCUACCCUGGCUGUGGACAUCUACAAAGGGGGUGUUGUGCUUGGAUGUUACUUCGGGCCUGCGGCCCUCUACAUCUGGGCGGUGGGGAUCCUGGCUGCUGGACAGAGCUCCACCAUGACUGGAACCUAUUCUGGCCAGUUUGUCAUGGAGGGAUUCCUGAACCUAAAAUGGUCGCGCUUUGCCCGCGUGAUCCUGACCAGGUCUAUUGCCAUCAUCCCUACCCUGCUUGUUGCUGUCUUCCAAGAUGUGGAGCAUCUGACAGGGAUGAAUGAUUUCCUGAAUGUUCUGCAGAGCCUACAGCUCCCCUUUGCCCUCAUCCCUAUCCUCACCUUCACAAGCCUGCGGCCAGUGAUGAGUGAGUUCUCCAACGGAAUAGGCUGGAGGAUCGCAGGCGGCAUCUUGGUCCUUCUCGUCUGCUCCAUCAACAUGUACUUUGUCGUGGUCUACGUCCAGGAGCUAGGGCAUGUGGCACUGUAUGUGGUGGCUGCAGUGGUUAGCGUGGCUUAUCUGGGCUUUGUGUUCUACUUGGGUUGGCAGUGUUUGAUUGCGUUGGGCCUGUCGUUCCUGGACUGUGGGCGCUCGGUAAGCAUCUCUAAAGUCCUGCUGAGCGAAGAUACCAGCGGUGGCAAUACUAAGUAAACACUGGGUCAGCCUGUCUGUCUGUCUUUGCAGGGAGCCAUCAGAGCCAGUGUGUUUCUAUGGUUUACUGUGUGAACAUAGCCACAAGUAUGUGCCGUUGCACAGACUGCAUUUAGGGACCAACUGUUAGUUGGGAAACACUGGGGUGGGUGUGUGGUGUGUGUGUGUGUGUUGUUUCCUUCUGUCUUUGUCAAAUAGCAUGCUGCUAUUAAAUGCUUGGUGGCCUAAAACUCUGUGUAGCCUAGGCUGCCUUCAAACUUACAGCAAUCCUCCUGGCUCAGCCUCCUGGGUGCUGGGAUUCCAGGCAUGUCUACCGCUCCUGGCUGUCACGAGUGCUUACAAGAUGACUGGUUUUGUCAGGGGAGGUCUUACCCUGUAGCAUUAGGCAGCACCUUGAAAAGGUGAGCCUUGAGCUGUUUUGAACACUAAAUUCCUAAAUAGCUGUCCAAGGCCAUGGCUCGGUUUUAGUUCUGAGAAACCCAACCAGACUGUUGUCAUCAUUUGAAUUGCAGAAUUAGAGACCGCUAUUUUUGAGUUCAGGAUUUCUGUUUGUUUGGUGCAUUUCAUUUUGUUUUUCAAGACAAGGGUUUCUUCCUUGUUGUCCUGGAACUUACUCUGUAGACCAGCCUGGCUUUGAACUCACAGAGAUCCUCCUGCCUCUGCCUCUGCUUCCCGACUGCUAGGAUUAGAGGCAUACACCACCACUGCCCUGCUAAGCUCAGAGUUUUUUAUUUCUACUUUGGAAUUCCUCAGUGGAAAGAAAGGUAGAGCAGGAGAGGGGGUGUGGUCAAGUGAUGGCUCCCCUCCAGGUCCUUGCAGGUUUACCUUAAGGAGUGGAGCUUAGCAGGGCUUCAUCUGUAGUCCUGAGGCUAGUGACUUCCCUGUUAAUAGCAAGCAUCCCGAUAGUGUUUCAUCUCGAGUACACACAGUCCUGGAAUCUCCGCCUUCCUCUCCUGAGAGAGUGCGGAUGGCAAAAGACUACUGUAGCACUUGUGAACUGGCUCACAGCAAAUCCCAGAGCUGACCGCACUACUCCCGAAAGUACCCUUCACCAAAUCUUGGCUCUGACCCACCGCUGUUUCAUGCCCAAGAUAACUCAGAAGGCAACCUCAGGAGCUCUGGACCCAAACCUUGCAAAGUCAGUAGUUGUCACUGUGAUGCAAAGUCCUCUCCCUGCAAGGUGGGACUAGGCUGCCUCCUCACAGCCCUUCCCUCGGAGAGAAAGCCUCUUGAGACCAGGCUGCGGAGCUCUGGAGAUUCAGCACGGGACUACAGAACUGCUGCUCUCAGUUCAGCCACUUCUGUCCUGGCACGUGGGAGACAUGAUUCUGUCACAUCAAGUCCUGUCUGUUUGCUGGAAAGGAAUAAUACAAGUUUGUAUAAUCAUUGCCUUGGUGGCAACAGGAGCUACAGUGACUUCGAAGGAUGUCGUCCUCUUUGCCGCUUUCCCAGUUCGACUGUCCCGACAAAUGACCUGCAUUGUGGUGCCACUGUGGCAUUAGUGCUAGCAUUUCACACAGUCAGAAGCUCAGCCUGCAUAGAGUCCUGUGAGGCAUGAAGGGUAAAUGCAGUUUCACUCAGCCUGGUUGACCUCAGCCCCACAGCUAACACAACACAGUCAGGCCGCGGGUCCCUCACUGCGGCAUUCUCAACCCCUGGGUUGCCACCCAUUUGCAGCCCCUAUAUCCAAAACCAUUUACAUUAUGAUUUAUAACAGUAGCAGCAUUAGUUGUGAAAUAGCAAAGAUUUUAUGGUUGGGGGUUACCACCACAAAGGGUCGCAGCAGCAGGAAGUUUGAGAACCCUGCACCACAGGGUCCAUCUCACACCUGCCUCUGCCACCAUUGUUCCCAAAACUGACUGGAAACUGAGCUUUUGAAACUGUCUCGAUGUGGUGCUUGAGGGCCAGAUUGACAGUAGCAGAAUUACUGGAAUGGAUGCUCUAGUGACAUCUGCAUUUGUACAGGGGCGGGGUUGGGCGGGGCGGGGCGGGGUUGGGCAGGGUGUGUUCAGAGUCACUGUACUUACAGUCCAGCCCAGAGCUGCUGGCAGUCAUGCCCAGGGGUCUGCCUUGUGCGUGCUAGCAAGGCUGUGCUGCAGAUCUCACUUCCUGCCCCAGAGUUCUGCUGUAGUAUGUUCGUUUACAGUGAUAGACGGUUCCAUUGUGUACGACGGUCUCUGACUCUAUGCCUACAGUAUUUACAGUGUCAAAGAUUAAAAGUGUCGCCUGUCCAUUUGGCCGUCACUGGGAAACAGUGCUUCCAACAGUGCUCUGUACGUAACCUGUAAGCAUUUCAACCCCGCCACGCCAGUGUGGCCUGGCGUUACGUUGGCGAGCCAUCUUGUACGUUCUCACUUGGUCCUCGUUCUUCUGCGACCUGAAAUAGUUGUUCCCUCUGCUCUGGGAGCUGGCGGCUGGGGAACAGCAGCAGCUUGUCUUGUAAGGUCCUGCCAGGAGGGCAACAAGUGACUAUAAGGAGGCUGUUAGUGAGCCUCUGACAGCUUGUGAACUUGCUGUAAUUAAAACAAAAACUUCCCUGUU